AUGCGAUCCCCAGUUACUCUUGCUAAGCGAUAUAAAAGGGCACCCUCGGCACCUCGAGCGUACGGCCUUGAUCACAACCGUCAACUCCUCCUUGGACCCAUAGAAUUCGACCCUCGGACCCCAUACCCUGGAACCCCCCUGGACAGCCACGGCCAUCUUGUGAACCAGCCCAUGGGACGUUUAUCUUACCCUCCUACCGGACAUGCUCUUGCACCAGUACCGGUGUACCCGGAAUGGAACCACCCAUCGCAUAUGCCCCGUGAGGCUCUUCGCCAUGAUGUCAGGCCAAUCAACCCACCGGAGAGCCCAGAAUACAUAGUGGAAAGGAACAGCCGUCGAGCUGCCGAUGUAACUCGAGGAAGCCCGCAGUACCAUUCCCAGAGAAGGACCUCCAACCGAGAUGAAUUUGAUGGCCCGCACCAAAUUCUGGACGUUCCUGCUACACGGAGCCUCCCUUCCCGGGAGGAGGAGCUGCCCCAGCUUCCCACUAAUCUUGACGCCGCAGAUCAGGACAGAAUCCUGCACAAAGUUAAUGAUCGUCUUUCUCAGUGUGCCUUUGACUUCUUUGCACGAUACCAAUUCCCCAUUCCACUGGAACAGGAUAAGAGGCGAGUCCAGGUCCCCUCGGACCGUGAAUGGAAUGAGUGGGUGCAUCUCUUACGGAGACUGGCUACUCGACGACGCAUCCCGCGCCAUGCCCUCCACAACGGUCAAAUCAAGCAGUUGAUCACUGUUCUCGAGAACUCUUUAGAGAUGCGUCAUGCUGCCAAGCACAGCUCUCGACCUGUCAAGGAUGACCGUAACGUGCUGCAGCUCAUCUCUGCCGGUACACAGGUGGCCAAGAUUCUCAAAGAUUCCGAUGCCAUGCAGUUUUUCGAUGUUCUUUAUGUUGACACGGAGAAACUGAUUCAUGACCGCCGGCGCCGCGUGAGAUUUGCAAACCCUUGA